GGAGGGCGGGGGGAGACAGAAGUGAGGGGGUCGGCGCUCGCCGCCUCGCCCCUGACCCGGCGCCUGGAGGGCGUUGGGGACAGAGCCGGCGGCAGUGGUCACCGGGGAGGUCGAGGCCCCGGCUCCGACCCCAAGCUGGGGCGGGGUCGCGGCGGCCCGCUGACCUGCCGGUGUCUGUGUAUGUGCCCGCGCAGGGAGACAUGGAGACCUGUUUGGCGGCCGCGGCGCUGAACGGGGUGGACCGACGUUCCCUGCAGCGCUCGGCUAGGCUGGGUCAGGAGGUGCUGGAGCGGGCCAAGAGGAGGGCGGUGGACUGGCGUUCGCUGGAGCUUCCCAAAGGCAGCGUGGGGGUCAUUUCCCGGGAGCGGCCCUACCAAGAAAGUCGGCCCGCAGUCGGCCCCUGGCGCCUUCUCCCGGGGGAGAGAGAAGAAAGACACCCAACCCUCAGUGCUUCCUUCAGAACAAUGGCUGAAUUCAUGGACUAUACAUCAAGUCAGUGCGGGAAAUAUUAUUCAUCUGUGCCAGAGGAAGGAGGGGCAACCCAUGUCUAUCGUUAUCACAGAGGGAAGUCGGAGCUGAAUGGCCAGAGAAAAGCCACCUCGCCUGGUCUUGGAGGCAUCUAUCAAGCGUCAGAGUGUGCUCUAGAGGCAACACAGUCUUGGAAUUUGCUGGCCGGUGGUUUGGUUUUUCCCCCUGGAUAUGGUGGUAGAAAUGACAACGUCUGCCUGUGCUCCUUCUGAGCAUUGAGUAAGCAUGUAGUCAUAUUCCAGCUGUGGUUUGAGACUUGGCUCUUUUGCCAUUUGCACUCCUGUGCCUGCACACCUGCCACGACCCACUCCCCAGCCACGCAUGAAGUCUGUCCUUGGAGGAUGUUUUGUGUUCUUCUCUGCUAUAAACAUAAAUCUUUCUAUUCACUCCAGCUGCCAGUGUUUUGCACUAUAGGAGAACCAGUCCUUCAAGGGAAGGCUUUUGCCAACCAGCUGACUCGCAGCAUGACAAAAUGAAAUCUGCUCAUAGUCUUCUCAUCUUUGGGAGAAAAGAAAUGUUUCAUCUUCCUAAUAAUUUAGCAGAGCACAGUUCAAAAGAAUGAUUCUCAUUGUUCCACUGUGCCUUGCCAUUGCUGUUAAUCUGUGCUGACGAGUGCCAUUGUCUGCUUUUGAACCCCAAAACAAUGGUCAUUAGCCCUUCCCUCUACCUAAUCCUUAUCUUUCUACUCCAACUAGAAUGCUCCUUUUGUGACCUUUCAUGUUCCUGUAAUGCUUUAGCAUUUACAGAGCGUUUUCACCUACAUGCUUAUUUGUGAGGUAGGUAUUAUCAGUUUUAGAAAUAAGGAAACAAGAAUAAGGCGAGAUGGAGACUUACCUAAACGGCAGUCCUAUUAUGUGGCCAAGCUGAGCUUUCAAGCAGGACCUCCGCCUCCCACAUUAGUGCUUCAUUCCGUCUCACCUCUGGCUCACAAAGGCAGCCUGGUGGAGGUGUCCUGACAGCACUAGGAUAUAAAAUCUAACCUGCUAAUAGCCGCUUUUCC